AUGCUCACCUUUGCGGUGACAAUGGAGGACCUCACGGGGCCGGGCCUGAAGCUGCGGCUGCGGGUGGUUACCGACACCACGUUCGGCUUCCUGCAGUUCGCAGCUCGCCCGGCAGAUGUGGGCGAGGCGACGCUCGACCUACAGAAGCGAAUUCUUCCCUCCUGCCUGCAGCAGACGCUGAAGUCUGACAAGCGCCGCAGUGUUUGGGUCAGCCCCAUCAUGCCGGUGCCGCUGGCGCACAUGAAGGGCGGCAUGCUGGGGGCUGAGACCAAGCUCGGAGAGGCGGUGGCGCACGUCAUCUUGCACUUCAGCUUGGACACGGAUCCCGAUUACCUGCUAGACCUCGCGCGCCCACCUACGGUGAAGCUCGAGCAGAAGCUGCGGGAGAGCGCCGACGAGAUGUCUCGUUUCAUUGACAGUCUGCCUACUCCGAAGUCCUGCUGCUGCCAGCCUGCCUUCGGAGAUUUCGACCCUCUGGACGUAGACGCCGCCCUUGGCCGCGCCGCCUUGCGUGCCUGGAGCGUGGGUGAGGUCCAGCAGCCCCUGCCGGCGCCCGAGCACUGCCCGGAGAACUGGGUCAGCACCAUAGGGCCCAACGGCCGGCGCUUUUGGCACAACUUGGCGCUGGGGCCUCCGCCCUGGGAGGAAGACUCCCCCACGCCAAGUCUUCCCAGCCCCGAGGAGAUGCCGAACGGCUGGGUUUACCACGAAGGACCGGAUGGCCGGCGCUUCUGGCACCACUCCGACCUCGGCCCUGCACCAUGGGAGCAGCCCCAGGCAUCCGAAGGAUUGGGAGGCCCCAUGCAGGAGGUGACGGUGUGA